GAAAAAGAAAAAAACGGCGCCGCUGAUGAUGAUGCGAUGGUGAUGACAAGGUCACAAACACUCACACGCACACAACGGUCACACACCUCAGACACGCCAACAAGAAGCAAGCCUACAAACCUACAAGCCAGGAAGGAAGGAAGGAAGGAAGGAAGGGCGUGGUUGACAGGAGGUGGUGGUUGGUUGCUAGGUGGUGAGGGGUCGUGAAGAAGGGUGGUCAUGUCUAGGGUUGCCAGCGCUUGGAGCAAGGCCAAGCAACAAGUGGCCUAUGCCUUCUACUGGCACGGGCUUCAAUGUGCAUCUAGCCCCUUUCAAGUCAUCACAACAGCGACAAUCGCCGCCUUGUUAAUGAGUCUUCCUGCCAUUCCAUCCUUGCAAGGCGCAUGGCCUGCAUGGCGGGCGGAGGUGUGGCACGAGCCUGUGGCGGAUCCAGCCCAUCCUGGCGCCAUCCACUUGGACGCACCACCAUCGUGGGUCAACGAGGGCACGCUUUCCGCUUUGGAGGUCAUGCAGUUUCAUAUCACCGUCCCAGAUGCAGAGAAUGCAAUAGCCGCGAAGACACUGCGCCUCGCAGCCAAGGACCUCCCAACCUUCCUACAAAGCGAGCUCCAGCACAGCAACACGGAGGCAUAUGAGCAGUGGCAGCGCGAGUGUGUCCGGGACGAAGCGGCCAACGAAUGCGUCGUCUUGCACCCGCACAUGCAUCCCGUGUACACAACUCCUGGCUCUGCCACAGCCGCACACACGUGGCCUGGUAUGGAUCUGAUGUCAUCGCCCAUUACGCUUUCACUUCGCGCCGGUGACGCCCGCUUCCCGUUCACCCCGACACCAGAUUUGGCGGGAAAGAACUGCAAGCGGCAGCGCUCCCAUCUCCACUGCGAUGCACUCGUUGUUUCCCUCAUCUUGCACAACAGCACCACAUCGGAGUCGCUCCAACAGCAGCUGUUGCAGUCGGUCCUUCAGCGCUUUGCAGACGUCAUUGCAGACACGACCCCGCGCCCCGGCGUCACUACACGCCUCGCAUACGAGCGGCGAUCUCUCAGCACGGUUGAGCGUGGGCUGUUGGUGGUCGCGUACAUUGUUCUCCUCCUCUACAUGAUCAACAGCGUCAGCAAAGUCGAGGCUGUCAUGUCGCGUGCCGGAUUGACGCUGACGGCCGUGAGCAUCAUGACUGCGAGUGUCACCUCCGCUGUUGGCGUCUGCACAUACUUUGAUCUCGUCAAGAACUUUCAAGCGUUUGAGGUGAUUCCGUUCCUGGUGAUGGUGAUUGGCCUGGACAACAUCACCGCCAUCACCUCCUCCGUCGUCAGCGCGCCCCCGACCGUCGCCGUUCGAUUCCGCAUCGCCCACGGACUGAGCAACAUCGGACCGCAGCUGACCGUGUCUCUCAUGCAGAUGGAAACUAUCCUCAUGCUCGGCGCGUUCAGCCACAUCCCGCAGCUGAAAGACUUCAGCAUCGUCGCCUGCGCCGCCAUGCUCUGUAACUUCUCCUUCCAGGUCAUCAUCUACGUUGCUGUCAUGUCGCUAGACAUGCGGCGUCUCGAGCUCUCUGAUCUCAUGCGGCAGAUCGACUCUGCAGACAGAACCACAUCAGCCGUGCCACCAUCACCAUCACCAUCACCGUCGUCGUCGUCGUCGUCCUCGGUGGCGCGGUCGCUUGAUGUUGCUGCUCGCCAGCACGAUUCCCGCGCCAUUCAGAACCUGCUGCGCGGGUCUGCGUCGCGCGGUGUCGUGAUCAACGCUGUGCUCGGCGUCAUGUCGAUGGUCGCCACAGUCCUCAUCGCCGUCCUCUCUGGACGCUCUGGCCCCCAUUCGCUGGCGUCGUUUGUGCAGCCAAACACAGAGGCGGCAUGGGCUGCGCUUGCUCUGGCCAACCAACCAGACACAACACGCCAUUCCAACGUGAUUGUCUUCCACCCCGUGCUUGAGCUGCCCGUCGCAGAUGCGUUGCCCGCCACCCCGACUGCCACCGACUACAUCCUCAACCUGAUUGGCAUGGGUGGCAUGCUCGACAUUACACAAGCCGUUCUCGUUGCCCUGGGCGUCACCGUCGCCGUGUUUUGGGUGCGGACGAUUGUGCGGAGUACGAAGCACGCGCUGUUUGGCCAACGGGAGGAUGUGGACAGCAUUGCAGCCAUGUCGCUGAUUGACGUCGAAAUCGGAACGCUCACGCACCGCGCUCAGCUUGAGCUGUUUUCUGUGAACACACAGCAGCAGCUGGUGGCGGCAUGCUCGAUGGACGGCGCUGUCUCUGUUUGGGAUUUGCACACACAUCGCCACCUCUGCAGUCUUCGUGAUGAGCAAGAAUCCGAAGACCAAGAUGACCAAGAUGAUGAGGAAGAGGAUGGCAGCGAGGACGAUAACAGCACUGGUGGGCACGGUGCACACGCUGCCACCGCCACAACGGACGGAAGUGACGAGAGGAAGAAGCGGAACCAGAGCGGUCGCCAUUCGCCCGUGGUUCGCGGGGACGUGCCGUGGUGCAUCGCAACGUUCGCCCACUUUAUUGCACUCGGCUUCAACAACGGCGUCAUCGAGGUGUGGGAGCUGCAUACACAAUACUGCCACGUUCUUCAGCCGCCGGGAAGUCAUAUGCAAGGCGGGCGUCCCCCACGCGUCACGCAGAUGCUGUUCUCGGACCACCACUUGCUCGCUGCUCGCGACGACGGUGUGCUGGAGGCGUGGGCUGUGCACUUUGACAAGGGCCAGUCCGUGCCGACAACACCAAACCAGCCACACUUUCCAAACACUCGGCACCAGCGCCAUCAACACCACCACCACCGCACAGCCUCCAUGGCCGACACAUCCGGAAUUUCCGACGCGUCGCCGCCACACCGAUAUGGCCAUCGCCGCACACUCAGUGCGGAGUCUGUUGUGAGCAGGACUGCCUCUGGCACGUUUUCGUACGAGAGCUUCAACACUCUCAAGGACCUGGCUGCGCCGACACCUGCUCACAUCGAUCACGUCUGCUCAAGGAAAUGCCACACGUCCACCGUGUCGUGCAUGAGUGUGUUUGGUGACUUUAUCAUCACGGCAGGUCGAGACGCGUGCAUCCGUCUCAUUCGCAAGCUUGACUUUGGGCUCUCCGCCACGCUGACGGGCCACACGGGUCCGAUUUCAUGUCUAACGACAUUUUCGGGGCCAACGCGCACGUCAACGCGGGAUGUCAGUCCGCUGAGCGCCACCAUCAUCGUUUCCGGCAGCGCCGACGGAUCUGUGCGCGUAUGGGAUGUUGCAUCUGCGAAGAUCGAGACUGUGUUCUCCGGACACGAGGACAUGGUGACGCACGUCGGCGCAAACAGCAUCCAUGUCGUGUCGUUGGGAGAUGAUGAUACACUGCGCAUGUGGGACCGAAAGACGCAGUCAUGUCUGCGUGUCUUGCAGCCACGUCAGGCACUCCACUCCCUUGUGCUGCAUCCGUCCUCCAUCCUUGUCACAGUGUCGAAUGCGGAGCUGACCGCUUGGGACGUGAUGGCAUCUGGCGAACGCAUUCGCACAAUCGCUCUCGACAUCGACCCAGCAACAUCGACACCAGCAGCUGCACACGAGCCGCCACUCCACGACUCGCACGUGAUUGAGUUGAUGGCUGAUGACACGGUGCUGUGCUCUUUUGGGUCGCGACUGUAUGUCGUUCGUCUGCCGUUUCCCACGCUCAGGAAACACAAGGAGCAGUGACGUUGUGGGUAUGCGAGACAGUACAUGAGACAGUGCAUGGGCCGUGAGAUGGUGUGAGAUGGUGUUGUGAGAUGGUGCAGAGGCUAAGCCAUGUGUUGGAGUAACUUAUGCCACGCACGUGUUGCUCGCCUGCAGCCUCUGCAGCGUGUGACGGUGACGUGGCGGGGGUGUCAGGACAAUAAACGAACCGCAUAGCGC